AUGGCACUUACAAAACGACAGAUGGCGGCUAUCCGUAAACAGUGCGGGAAGACUUGUGAAUUUGUACAUGCAGAAGCCCCUCUUGUUCUACGACCUGCCGACCUGCCCCAGAAUCUCGCGCAACUCGGGGCUGCAGAAGCGCAUGCGUUGGACAGCAGUAACGAGGCAUCCAUAGAUCAUCCAGAAACUCAUCCGGAGCUCAUUGCCCGUGGAUGGUGGCUUCGAGGGGAUGAGGAAACCAUGAUCAAAUGCGCGAAGUCCUUACUGGACAUUGUCAAUCUCCAAAUGGAAGAGAACGGUGUUCCAUUUGAUGGAGUCUUUGGCUUUAGUCAAGGUGCUUGCGCCGCGGCGUUGCUUGCGGCAAUGCUGGAGCACCCUGAGGCCGUCUCCGACCUGCUGAAACCGUCGGGAUCCGACGUCGAGAUCGCCGGAUUUCGGCCGAGAAGCGACAGGAUUGAUGCGUUUUUUGAUGGCGUCGCAAGACCAGGGAUUCAGACCCCGAGCCUGCACGUCCUGGGGGUGAACGACCUUAUUGUUGGACUCGAACGCUCAAUGACGCUUGUGGACGUGUGUACCAACGCUAGGGUUGAAAAGCACGAGGGAGGGGAUCCCAGUAUUGACGAGUACAUCCAACAUCCAUUUCUACGGCAAAUUGCCACCUUUUUCAUUGGGUUGCUCUUUGCCUCCUCAACCUAUUACCUCGUCCAUUCUCCAACAUCGUCGUCUAUUUUUCAUUAUAUUAUUGGUCGCGGUUCUCUGAAGCACUCGUCCGCAUCGUUGAACUCGUCAGUCACUGGCGAAUCGGACCCACUAGCGCUCGUCUUUCUCCUCAAUCUCGUCGCCCUUACGACAUCUGCGACUCAGUUCGCCUCUCUCCUCGCAUUCGAUAGCAUUUCUGGUCAAGUUGGAUGCACUUUCGUCGUCGCUUGGGGCCAGCUCGGUUCGCAAACGAUCCGCCUCCUCGGGCUUUUCAAGCUUUCUUUUUCUCUUCAUAAACCUGGUCUCAAGCGACGUUCAACGCUCUCGAGGCAGGGUGAUCUUGAGCUCGGUGUGCUCGGGCGGGAGCACGAUGCACGUGAGGGAGUGGAGCAUAUACGGCCUCCACGCAUCCGGAAGAUUCCAACUACAACCACAGCGGCCGCGGGACCGGCGAACGCUUCAGCCGUAGAAGGUAGACGUGUUGUCCGAUCACAACUAGACAAAUCAAGUGUCGCGUCCAAGUGCGAAAGAUAUACCAUUUGGCUCGCCCUUCUCCUUCUCGCGGUGGUCAUGUUCCUCACAACAGCCGUCAGCACCGGUGUCCUACGUCCGAUCAUGGGCCUCAACGAGAGAUUGGCUUGGUGCUAUACACGACAGUUCCUCCUUGGUAAUUCUACCAUGAGUGGGAUGAACCUUCUACUCGAGCUGUAUUGCCUGAUCCGACUCCUCCUGUCUAUUCGCAGUCGCGCACGCGUAGAUCCCAUUACCGCGUUCGACGAAGGCCUACACGCUCCUUUGACACAAUUUCUCAAGCGACCAUCAAUCCUGAACCUUCAGCGGGCCUUUUCCCUUUUGAUUCUGGAUGCAGUCACCAUCUAUCCAAGCAUCUUCUCCGACACGAGUAUUCACGUCCUCUUACAAUAUGUCCCGUUCAGUGCCGCGACAAUUCUCGUUCUCUAUACAUUCAACCAGAAACCUGGUUUUUGGCUCACGAACCUCGCGACCUCCGAAAGAGAAGACGGCGGCGGUUCGAGGCUGAGUGCCCCAAUCUCAACAGGGGGCGAACCUUCCUCAAACACAAGACCAAAAUCGACUGUUGCGAUAGUUCCCGAUCAUACACGCACUUUACAGUACGCUGGCCGUCGUACUGAACCGCCGGCGGCUCGUGCUCGUGAGCACUCGGGCGCAAUCCUACCUCCCGAUAUGGGCCGUCAACCCUCAACCAAUAGACAAUUAGGCGUUCCGAAUGUGAAGGAAUUGGGCGAGAUGGGCACAAUCGGAUUGCCGAGAGAUACUCUCGUUGCCACAGGCUCAAGUGGGUUAGGAGGCGCGGAAUUUAUCCUUCCCUCAUCUAUCCGGAUCCCAACGCCAGAUUUUAGUCCAUUCCUUCAUAUGGGAUCGUCCUCGACGUCUUCUAGAUCAUCCGUCUCAUCUCUUCAUCUACGAGAUGGAAGCGUUGGUGGGAGGAGCGUUGGGAAGAGCCUCCUCGAUCCAAUGCAAGACACAUCAUCUUCAACGAACCUGGCAAGCUUGAAAAGACGGAGACAAAGAACUCCAAGACUGGAAGUUGGUCAGGUCAAUGUCGACAGCGUACUGUAUGCUCGCCAGCAGCACCUGCGAGAUGAAAGGAAGCAACUUGAGCACGAGGGAUCUGACGAUGGCAUGGAGAUUAUGGUCAUCGACGAGUAUCCACGUCUCCCCUCUGCACCAAAGAAGGCUACGCGAAGAACGCGCUCAACAUCAUCAUCCUUGAGGCGCCGUACAUACCAAGAGACUUCGAAAAUCGCCGAUUCUGUGGCCAUCGUUGACGAAAGUCAGUCGGAACGCCGACGGGCUCGCGCGCAGAGGCGGGCAGCGACAAUAUAUGAAGACCCCCCUCAGCUUUUUGGGCGCAAAGAUGACAAAGUCGAAGACAUUUCCCGUGCCAUCAUGCAACGAAGUCUGACUUGGGCUGGACCGAGACAUGUCGCGAGCUUGGGUCGAAUCGCUCACAGAGACUCACGCCUUGAGCGGUCCGGGUCAGCGACGGGGACAACAUCUAGUCGAAUGUCUCCAGGCGUACCUUUACGCAUGUCCUCAACGGACGAAAUAGCGAGCACGGGUACAAGUGUUCGUGAGGCAGUUGUGCUGACAGCGCGCCGAGGCAGAGUAGUGGGUGCAGAUUCACAGUUGGUUCGCCUAGCCGAGGAAACUACGGUACGCCAAUCCCCGGAAGAGCGAGCCUCCGAAGCUGUUUCUUCUGUCAGCAUUGCGCGGACACCCAGUCGCUCCAAGCUGCAGAAGCCAGCUUCCAUAUCGCGAUCGACUACUGUUUCAAAGUCGAGUGGAUCUCAUGAUCAAAUGCAGCAAGGUGCGCCUGCAAAGCCAGGUGGACUUUAUGGCCUCCUUCCUGGGUUUCGAUUCCGUCGACCUAUCCAGAAUGAAACCUCCGAGCGCACCCGAAAUGCUCCAUCACCAUUACCCCUACCUCCGCAAUACGACGUGAUUGACAUUCGGCGCCCAGCGGCGAUUGUACCGUCACAAGUGAACAGAAAUAUUCCUGCCGCACCCCGUCAAAUCCUUCCUCGGCAAGUGGAAGUGGCUACCCAGAUGCAAAUGAAAGCAUCGGUAAACCAGCAAAGGGCAGGAGCAACUGGUGGUCCUCUUCCUUCUGCUAGUCCGCUCUCCUCGUUCCCGACGCCGACACCGCUGGGACCACCGCGUUCUUUAGCUCCGAGAGGAACAUCAAAGUCGCCUCUGGGACAUGUUAUUGUCGAGGGUGUCGACGAGAAACCCCUUGAGAAUGUAUCAACCAUUUCCAAGGACGACAGGCUCCAGGUGGAACACCGAAAAAGCCAAGAUAGUGCGGUAUUAUUUGGUUCUGACAUUCUUAUUCGUACAAAGGACCAGAUUCGCCACUUGUCGCAUACCGGGAGCAGUAAUGCGGCAAGCGCUGGUCAUGGAAGUGAAGACACGACCUCUGACGAAGCCAGGAGAGCUAUGCGCACGAGUCAUAGUUUCGAAAUCAAAAUUCGUCCGAGCUCGCGGCCGAGUACGGGUGCCAGCGAGUCUGCUCGUCCACGCACACUGGAGAGUAUGCACUCCACCGUUGCUUCCGAUAGGAUUCAGUCGAUGGAAAAUAAUACAGAUGGGCGGCCUAUAUCCAUACCAGGACGCAAGUUCCCCUCGACGCUCCGUAUCUCCGCCAUUGGAGGCGGUCGUGGUCGAUCGAGUACAUGGGGGAGUACGAUGAGCGGAGGGGCGGAAAAGGGUGGACCAGGAACUUCGACACUUGCAUAUUUGGAAAUUCCUCACGGCAGUUCGGAGAUUGAGGCGACGUCUACAAGUGUGCCCCGAAGACCGCGCUCAUCUAGCGAAAUUGAGGAGAUGGUUACCCGAGCACCGAAUGAAAGGGGACUACAUACAUCGGAAGCCAAUAUGGCACACCUCCGGGCCGACGACAAACCCACGACGAGCGGCGGUAGGGAGAGGACAUCACGUCCAGCUAGCCUAUCCUCUAGAUUCCGCGCUACUCCACUUUCUGGUAUUCCACCCCUCCCUCGUCGUCCUUCUGCAGAGUCGAAUAAGAGUGACCUCGUGCGCCCGGACGCUGGUAAAGACAGUGAACCUCAGUCGUCGCCAUGA